AUGUCCGACCCUCCUUACGCGCUCUUUGUCCUCAACAAGAGUAUUACGAAUGAGGAUCUCAACUCCGUCCUUGAGCGCGCCUACCAUGGUGACGGCGACUCGGGCUGGAACUUUUGGGUCGCAACCGACUCCUACGAUGACUUGCCAGCAUGUCCAGAAGUUCACAAGCCAUCUCCAGAUGCUAGCGGAACUGAGCCCCCUAUCCCGUCCUCCUUCGUCUCGCCCUGGCUCGGCAAGACACCCGAAGACUGCGCAAAGUGGCUGCAGGCGAUGCCGCGCACUGAAUCUACGGACGAGAAGUAUGUUGUGGACACGCCUGUGAACCCACGGUACUUUGUAUUUCUGAAUGAGUUCUCAAAGGACGAGGAUCUGGUGUUUGUAGCGCGCAUCAUCCAGGAGGAAAGGGAUGAGAUGAGAGUUGAGUAUUUCCCGCAGUCGACCGACCGAGUACAGAUGAUGAUGUGGACGAAUUGGCAGUUCAACGAGAGGGCAAUCAUGUACCAGCGGCAGCAGCUCAGCAAGAAGAAGCCGGAUCGAAGCCAGUACGAUGGGCCGAAGAACUAG